CUCGCUAACCCUUUAUAUAGCUAGAACUGACGGCAUACUGCGAACUUCGACGUACUCGGUCAACUACAGCAUUAACCAGAGCUUUUAAGGUUUGUUCUGCAUUACCAUGAAGUUUUUGAUCCUAGUUGCUUUGUUUGCCGUGGCAACGGCUAAACCAGCUGAGAACUCCAUUGAGCGUCUUGCCCGCUCUCUGGCUGAAGACGAAGUUAUGAAGAGGGGCAUCCUAAAUGACGUAGUUGCUGCCAUCUGCGUCCCCGUCAUGAACUCCGUGAUCGAUCUGACCAAUGGCACAUGUGCUGUACUGUCCGCUUCUGCCGACAGCAAAUGCAUACAGCUUGCUGACCAGUACCUGGGCGGCCUCCUCUCUGGUCUGUUCUCUAAACCUGUUGCAUCCAUGUGCCAAAACUUGGCCGAUCUCGUCAUCAUCGAGUGCAAGAAAGGAACCGUGCAAAAAUACGCCGGCGGUGUAUGCGCCACACUUGCCAGCAAAAUCGGCUAAAUGAACUUUUUGUAAAUUUUCUGAGCCAAAAAUAAAUGGACGAAAUACAAAAAGAAAUA